CGGCUCCAGCCUCGCGCCGGGGUCCCUCUCGGGGCUGACGCCCUCAAAUAUGCGGAAUUACCGGCCUGGUCGCGCCUAGAGCCAGCGCCGGGGAGCGAGCGCGGCGGCGGCCAGCGCCGGGAACGCACCAAGGAAGAGGCCCAGCCCCCGCCCUCCGCCCCUUCCGUCCCCACCCCCUCCCCGGCGGCCCAGGAGGCUCCCGGCGCGGCGGGCGCGGCGGGCGCGCACUCCCUGCUCCUCCUCCUCCUGCUCGCUGGCGCUGCCUGCCUCUCCGCACUCGCUGCUCGCGCCUGGCGCGCUCCGUCGGCUCCCGGCUCUCCGCGCCGCCCUCCUCCGGGCCGCGCUCCCUGAGGGAUGGUACUGACUCUCGCCGCCACAGGAGUCCGGCUGGAGCGCCCGCCCCGCGGCCUCGCCUCCCCGCCGAGCCGCCAGCGCCUCGGGACGCGAUGAGGACCUGGGCUUGUCUGCUGCUCCUCGGCUGCGGAUACCUCGCCAGUGCCCUGGCCGAGGAAGCCGAGAUCCCCCGCGAGGUCAUUGAGAGGCUGGCGCACAGUCAGAUCCACAGCAUCCGGGACCUCCAGCGACUCCUGGAGAUAGACUCCGUAGGGGCCGAGGAGCCUCUGGAGACCAGCCUGAGAGCCCACGGGGGCCGUGGCGCCAAGCAUGCCGCGGAGAAGCGGCCUGUGCCCAUCCGGAGGAAGAGAAGCAUCGAGGAAGCCAUCCCUGCAGUCUGCAAGACCAGGACGGUCAUUUAUGAGAUACCUCGGAGCCAGGUGGACCCCACGUCUGCCAACUUCCUGAUCUGGCCCCCGUGCGUGGAGGUGAAGCGCUGUACCGGCUGCUGCAACACCAGCAGCGUCAGGUGCCAGCCGUCCCGCGUCCACCACCGGAGCGUCAAGGUGGCCAAGGUGGAGUACGUCAGGAAGAAGCCAAAGUUGAAAGAGGUGCAGGUGCGGCUGGAGGAGCACCUGGAGUGCGCGUGCACCAGCGCCGGCCCCAGCGCCGACCACCGGGAGGAGGAGGCGGACGUUGCCCAGAGCGGCCCGGCGUUGUUCCCGCGGCGUUGUUCCCGCGGCGUCGGGCCAGCUCGAGGGGACCAGGAAGUGUCUCGUGCCAGCGCCAUCGGGCUGUUGUACAGAAAGACAAACACCCCAGGGUUGCCUCAUGGUCCAAGAUGGCUGCAGAAGCUCCAGAAAUCACAUCAAGCUGUAGGCUGGAAGAAAGAAGAAGACGUGAGGUGAGGAUCAGCCAGCAGCCCUCUCCCGGGACACGGAUGUACAUGGCGUGUUACAUUCCUGAACCUCCUAUGUACGGUGCUUAUUGCCAGCGUGGUCUUUGUUCUCCUCCGUGAAAACUGUCUCCAUGCACACUCUGGAGAACAAAGAGACAGUAUACGUUGUUUAUGUGACAUCAGAGCAAGUAUUGUAGCAUUCGGUGGAACAAUAAGAAGCUUCCUUGUCAAAAAAAAAAAAAAAGAGAGAGCAAACAAAACCACGAAACAUGACAAACAAAACUCACUCACAAAAAUAUCUAAACAGUUGCCGGAAUGGAGGGACGCCCCGAGGGAUGGACGUGACAGACGUCUCGCAGACUGGAUCUCUGUCCAGGGUGGUCACAGGUGCUUUUGCCAAGAACACAGAGCCUGCUUUCUGAAGGCUGCGAUCGGAUGCUGCCGGGCUCUGCAGGGGCACGCAGGAGCCAGGAAUGUCUCGGAAACUGCAUCUCUUUGCUGUAGUGUUUAAGUCUAUACAGAAACCUUCCUGAGAGCCUUAAGUGGAUUUUUUUUUACACCAUAAAGUGAUUAUUAAGCUUUCCUUUUUACUCUUUGCCUAGCGUUUUUUUUUUUGUUUUUUUUUUUUUUAAUUAUCUCUUGGAUGACAUUUACACCGAUAACACCAGGCUGCUGUAACAGUCAGAACAGUGGGACGGUACCUUUCCUAGCAGGAUGCAAACGAAUGAGAUGUAUUAAAAUAAACAUGGUAUACCCACUUAUGCAUCAUUUCCUAAA